GCAUUUCCCACUGACGCUUGGUUUUGGGAGCGAAGAAGACUCACCUCGCACAAUAACAUUGAAGCUAACGCGUUUGGAAGCUAAUGCGAGUGAAAACAUGAACAACCUCUUUUUUUUCUCUCAAACUACUUUAAAGGUAUGAGCAGGAAACGGGCUCUUAUUUCCGACACGUUCAAGUUGAAGAAAAGACGAAAUGGCACCGAGACUUUCGGCGCCAAAAGUGGUGACCAAGGUGGGGUCUCGCCUGGUUGGAAGCUGCCGUUGAAGACUAAUCCCUCGUGUUCGACAGGUCCCGUUAACGUCAGAAGUAGCUUGGAGUACCUCAUGACGUUGUUCCCCAGAAAGCUCUUCAAUGACGCCUUGCCUCAAAUGGUCCUGAAACACCAACUCUACAGCAUUCUCCAGGACAAGACUCUGGUGGACAAGGAAGUGAAUAAACUGCGUGAGGACGGCGAGCUGCUCAUGUUCCAGCUGGGCUUCGACACCGAGGCCUUUGGGCUGGUGUUUGCUUCCGACUACAAAACCAAAGUGCUGGCAGGAGAAGAGGGCAAAGCGACCAGAGCCACCGUGGACAAGUUCUUGGAGAAGGCGCUGACAUCCGGCACAGAUCUCAGCUUCAACAAGGACAAGAUGCUCAGAGACUUCCUCUUUACGGACACGGAAAUCACGCAGCUGGUGAAGGCCGGGGUGUUGACGGUGAGAGAUGCAGGCAGCUGGUGGCUCUCCAUUCCCAACUCUGGAAAAUUCACCAAGUACUUCAUACAAGGUCGUAAGGCCGUUCUAGGCAUGGUGAAGAAGUCCAGGUACAAUGAAGUGUUGAAGGCCGACCUGGAGGGGCGGAGGACUCCCUCACAAGUCAAAUUCCACAUCAAAUACCACAUCCAUGAUCUUGUUGGUGCCGAACUGCUGGAAAGCAUCACAACAACUUCAGGGAUUUUGUUACGAUUCGUUGACUUCUGAUUCAGUUCCUAUCGACACACAUCCACCUUGAAAGAUUUAAGACAAAUUUGUCAAGAAUGCCUCAUUAAAAAACCCUGUGGGUUCAUUAAAUGGAAUUUAUGAUUGAA